AUGAGUGACACGCUCCUCUCGAGUUAUUCGUUCGGCGUCGAUGAGGUCUAUCGGGUCAAAUGGAGCACGAGCUCGCCAGAUCUGGUCGCCGCAGGUACUUCCACUUCGCUCCAAAUCCUGCGUCUCGAUCAGGACCAUACACCCUCCUUGGUCACUACUUUCCGACUCGGCCGCCGGGUCACUCACAUCAGCUGGGGCCCGACGGUGAUGGCGGAGGAUGGCAAGAAUGUAACCACACGAAUCGACCUGUUGAUAGCCUGUACGGACCAAAGCCUGCGCCUGCUGUCGUAUCAUGCAGCGACGGAUAGCCAGCCGCAAAAGACUCGGAUCCAGAGCUUUGGACAGGGCAACUCGGGCCAUUCGGGGCGGAUCACGUCCCUGGCGUGGUGCCCGGUGCCCGGCUACGCCAACGUGCUCGGCUCUGCGGCGACGGACAAGUGCGUGCUGAUAUGGAACGCGGAGCGGAGCCUGGCGGAUGUGGGGGACUCGUCGGAGGCGGCAUGCCCGCCCUCGCCGACGCUCAUCGGGCCCUUCAAGUCCACGCCGGUGACCAUCAGCUUCCACCCGAGCUCGUCGAGUCGCCUGAUGGUCUACGACGCCCACGGGACCAUCAAGGUCAUCGACUGGACCAAGCCCGAUCGGCCCAUCAUCAUCUGUCUCAUCGAGCCCCGCACGCUCGUCAACAAGCUCUACAGCCUCGGCCAUGCCAGCGACCGCUUGGGCAUGGCCGAUUGGAAGGUCGACGAGGCGGACGUCUUUGGUGCGCUCAACGGCAACCGCUGGGCCGUCUGGGAUAUGCGCUCCACACGCGGCGGGACCCCCUUGGCGGCUGGUGAAGUCUGGGGACCAGGCGUAGUAGCCGAUGUGUUCCGCUGGUGUCCUACCAAUCCUCGGAUGUUUGCGAUCUCCACAUCCUCGCCCAAUGCAUCCAACUCUGGUUCAGGCGCGAUCCAGGUCUACUUCCUGUCGUUUCUCCAAUCACCCCGAACCGUGCAACUGCCCGGACACCCCACCCAAGUCCGGACUCGGGUGCACGACAUCGAGUGGCAGCCGAUGAGUCCCGAUGCCGAUGUGCUCUGCAUCGCUACUGGGCGCCAGCUGGUUUGGAUGAAACUUGGGACGAGGGAUUCGAAGCCAUCGACGCGGGCCGACCCCCCCAGCCACCCGCCCCGCCGCCAUCUCUCCACCGCCCCCGCCCAGCCCCGCCGGCCGUCCCUCCUGUCCCUCCUCUGGAUCCCCUCGCCCGCCGCGCUCGUCCGCCGGCCCAGCCUGCGGGCCGACCCUCGCCGCCGCUCCGGCUGGGAAGCCGACUGGGGGCCCGCCCGCUUCCGCGUCGGCCUCCGCACCGCCGCCGAGACCCGCCGGAUCCGCCAGUCCCCCUUCCUCACCCUCGCCCUCCUCUCCCACCCCGCCCCCCAGAACGACCCGCUCGGCCUCGCCAGCCGCUGGCAAAGACCCCGCCAGCUCUCCCUCCGACCCUCCGCCACCCGCGCUAACAUCCUCCCAGACACCGCCGCCGUCAUCCUCAACUGGAACCGCCCCGAAAACGUCAUCGUCAUCGUCGCCCAUCUCUGCCAGUACGACUUCUUCGAAUCGAUCAUCAUCUGGAACAAUAACAUCAACCAGCACUUGUCCUUCAAGGACUUCGAAAACACGGAAUGUCCUCGGCAUAAACUAAUGAUCUACAACUCGCCCUCCAACAAUUACUUCUUUUCCAGGUUCCUGGCCUGUCUGCAAUCCCCAAGUCGAUACUGCUACUUCCAAGACGACGAUUGCAUCGUCCAGCCAAUUCGAACCAUGUACACCCAAUUCAAGGCUCUCCUUCCACGCCCGUCCGCCGUCGUCGUCCAAGCUGAUCCGGUCUACUCAGUCAUGUAUAACUGGGAAUGGUGUUUUAAUGACCCGCCUAAUAGAUUACACACAUGUUUCGCAUGGCUCGGCCACGGCUCGUUUGUGACGAAGAGCGCGGUCAGCGACUUUGUCGCGAUGCUUUCCGAGCAAUCGCUACCCUCAGAUUCAAUCGCGCUUGCAGACAACUUCUUCACGACCUCACUGAACCGAAAGGCGCACGUGAUCGUCGCCCCCGCGAUCAUCGAUUUACCGCUGUCCGACCGUGGGUUCAGUGAUGGCACGGCGGGGCUCGAACGCAACCGGGUGUACAUCCAACGAGGCGUCGAGUUGUUGUCGAAGGUGCUCAAGACCGGCCAUCAUCUUGGGGACUUGCCCGAGCUGGACGAAGCGGACUCGCAUGCGGGCGCGAUCCGGGCCGCCGAUCGGACUGACCGGCUGUUCCUGAUGACCAACAUCGAGGCCUUCCCUCCCGGCGGUGGGCCCCGCUUCGAAGGCUUUGACCAUGGCCUGGCCGGAUGGGAGGACCAGCUCGGGACGACGGGCUAUGCCCUCGGCCAUCUCCGCGGUCGCGCCUUGGACCCCGCUGGCAGAUCCGAGUGGAUCGCCCGCGAGCGCCAAGCCAUCCGUUCGAGUUAUGCCGCAGCAAUCGAUGGGGAUAAUUCUACCUUCUGGAGCUCUCCUGAACCUGUUAAAAGGAAUGAUUGGGUUGGACUGGGAUGGAUUGACCGGCCGAUGAUCAGUGACCCAUCGCAGACGAUCAUCGAGAUCCAUUUCAUCGUUUCCAACCCAGACGUCUUCCAGCAAGACACGGUGGUAGAAGUGUUACAAGCCAGUGGACCCAGUUUCUCGUCGGCGAGAUGGGAGCGGCCGAGGGCGCGGGAUGGGGCUGUUGGGCUGGACGGCCGGCCGACGGAGGACGGGAUUGAUUGCGUGCCCCUCCCCCCUCCUCCGACCCCCACCACCAACAAUCCCGAAAAGUUCGACUGCUUCAUCAGAGUCUUGGACACCCGCUCCCUCGCUAACUCCCUUGCUAUCAGGGUCCGUAGUCAGGUCGAUCACCAGUUAUGGGAGCAGGACCUGCUCAUCGAUCGGAUCAGGUGGUGGGUCUGGGAGGCGUUUGUCCUCGCACUCUAA